GCGUCUGAGCGGCGGUGGCGGCGAUGCGCGGGGCGGCGGCCGGGGCCGGGUGCUGAUGCUGCGAGCAGCGCCCAGCCGGGAGCAUGCUGAGCCCCAAGAUCAGGCAGGCCAGGAGAGCCCGGUCAAGGAGUUUGGUGAUGGGUGAACAGAUUGGGCCUCCCUCCAGACCUUCUUCUCCAAACCCUCAAGAACGUGUGCUGAAGUGUGGCUGGCUAAAGAAACAAAGGAGCAUUAUGAAGAACUGGCAGCAGCGAUGGUUUGUGCUGCGUGGGGAUCAGCUCUUCUAUUACAAGGAUGAAGAGGAAACUAAACCUCAGGGUUUGAUAUUACUGCAAGGCAAUCAGGUGAAUGAGCUGCCACCUAAUCCUGAUGAACCAGGAAAACAUCUCUUUGAAAUUACCCCAGGUGGCGCAGGGGACCGGGAAAAGAUGCCUGUCAAUCAUGAGGCUUUCCUGCUCAUGGCUAAUUCCCAGAACGAAAUGGAAGAUUGGGUAAAAGCCAUCCGACGGGUUAUAUGGGCUCCAUUUGGUGGAGGGAUCUUUGGACAGCGGUUGGAGGACACCGUACAGUACGAGCGGAAGUAUGGCCAGCGCUUGGCCCCGCUGCUGGUGGAACAGUGCGUGGAUUUUAUUCGGGAGCGAGGUCUUACAGAGGAGGGGCUCUUUCGGAUGCCUGGACAAGCCAACCUUGUCAAAGAUCUGCAGGAUUCUUUUGAUUGUGGAGAGAAACCCCUCUUUGACAGCAACACAGAUGUUCACACUGUGGCGUCCCUCCUGAAGCUUUACCUUCGAGAGUUGCCAGAACCUGUCAUCCCCUUUGCCAAAUAUGAAGACUUUCUUUCUUGUGGACAGCUACUCUCAAAAGAUGAAGGAGAGGGAACCCAGGAACUGGUUAAACAGGUGAAGAAUUUGCCCCAAGCCAACUACAACCUCCUCAAAUACAUAUGCAAGUUCCUCGAUGAAGUUCAGGCUCACUCCAGCAUUAACAAGAUGAGUGUCCAGAACCUGGCUACAGUAUUUGGACCAAAUAUAUUACGUCCCAAAAUGGAAGAUCCGGUGACCAUGAUGGAAGGCACCUCACUAGUUCAACACCUGAUGACAGUGCUGAUAAGUGAACAGGGGCGAAUCUUUGCUGUUCCUCAGGCAGACGUGCCAGGGAGCCAGCUGGAAAUCAGGCCUGUGCGGCAGCGCAGUACUGUGGAGUGGAUCUCUGAGGAGGACGGGGAGGACAGCAGGUCAGAGAACAGUGCUCCCAGCCCCGCUGAUUUGCCUUCUAGCAAUGCUGUGGCACUAGAGGCCACCCCAGGACCUGCAGUGAAAAACACUCCUCCAGAGCACAGUGGCAAAUUAACUCAGCCUGCCACCAGCCCCAGUAAAAGAGUGCAGACACUGCCUCCAUGGAAAUACUCCUUCCGCCAGCAAGGAGCACGGUCUGUGAGUCCAAAGCUCGGCAGCUCAUCCUUAGAUAUCCCCAAUCUCUCCUCCAGCGGGAACUGGUUGAUGAACGGACUGUACUCACUCCGAGGCCACCGCCGGACAGCAUCUGGGGAGCGAGUCAAAGACUCAUGUUCCUCCCAGAGACUCUCCACUUACGACAACGUCCCCUCGUCCAGCCUGUCCCUCAGCACACACAGCAUGGCCAGCACUACAUGGUCGACGUCGUCGUGUGAGAUUUCCGUGAUGGACUCAGUCAGCAGCUGCCCAGCCUGCCGGGCCAGUGACUCUUCUGCUUUAAGCUCUCUCAAAACCGAGUGGAUAACUCAGGGCUCGCUGUCUCAGAGCGAGGGCAAGACUGCAGACCUGGAAAACAGCAUGGACAGGUUUGAUGCAUGCAGCAGCAGCAGCGAACAGAGCGACCCAGCUGCAGCUUCCCGAGACUCUGUCCAAUGCUCCAGGGCCUUACAGAGCUUGGUGGUGGAGCUAAAGACAGAACUGAGCAAACAGAGGACUGAGUAUGAGACUAGUAUCAAAAGAAUUGAAGAAACAAGUGCAGACCUGAGGAAACAAGUGGUUAGGUUAGAAGAAGAACUGGACCAAGAACGAAAGAAAUACACAAUGCUGGAGAUCAAGCUGAGGAAUUCUGAACGUGCUCGUGAAGAUGCUGAGAAGAGAAAUUAUCUCCUGCAGAAGGAAAUGGAGGAGUUUUUUUCAACAUUAGGAUGUUUAACUCUUGGGAGUCAAAGUGCUAAAGUCCCCAAGUAGAACAAGCAGAGAAAUUUCUAUUUCUGGCAAAAUGAGUGAAAAUGCACACUUUGUUCCAGUAUACUCAUGUAUCAUGAGUAAUUCUACAGUGAUUGUGCUAUUGGUGACACUUGCUCUGUUGUCUUUACAUGUGCUAUAGUAUUUGGGCAAGCUGGGAAAGUGUGACCAUAAUGCUUGAAAGUUUAGAUGUCAGAUGGCCAGAAAAGGGGCCCCCUUUAUAUCCACAGAACAAAAGACACUCUUCUCCAGAGUUGUCCUGCCAUCUUUGGAUUCAAAUGCACCAUCCUUUCACUGGCUGAAGGACAGUGGGAAGUCCUGCAGCAUGGGUGGAUGGCCAGAACCGAUGGACAGGCUGAGCCAGGAGAUGAGGGCCUCCUGUACUUGUGCCUGGGGAGAUGGCAGUUCCAGUCUGGCACCACAGCCAAUGGGGUUGUUUACCAGAUGGAUUCUAAUGAGGUGGUUUUCUCCCCACUCCCUACAUAAAGUUUGUUCAAAUUUCUCGUUCCUGAAGUGGCAUUAUUUUAUGAAGAUACUGUGAAAACAAAAUCUACAAAAAAGCUGAAGAUACCAAAAUCUUGACAGUUCACUAAAAUGGUCCCUUACCUGCCAAACAGUUUCAGUGUUUCAUAAAAAUGCAACUUAUUAAACUGUAUGUGAUUAAUAAUCAGAUUGGCUACACAAACUCCAUGGAACUUUAAAUAUGCACAUUUUGCCCUAGGUAUCUGGGGGAUUUUUGAGCCAAAAAUAGACCAGUAUUAGCUGCAAGAAAAAAAAUUUCAUGAGUUGAUUUAUGUCAUAAAGAUAGAAUAUGGAAUAUCAGUCAUCAAGGUAGAAUAUGGAAGAUUCUUAUCAUCAAAAGACAUCCAACUGAUCCAGCUGCCGAGGGGUUUUAAUCUAUAAAACUCUAAUAGCAAAACCUAUGGUAAGAGAAAU